UGCUAUAAACACAAUACGGGCGACGGCGAAUAUUCGUCGUACUCGGCGAUGCCGUCGGUGAUUCGAACACACGAUUGUAUACGAAGAUUAACACAAUACGCGACGGCGGCGAAUUUCGCCCACCAUGACGAUUUUUGAUUCAGAGCUAUUUCUAAAUUUAUCGCCGACCGCGGCGGCAAAAACGGCAUUGCCAUAUCAAAGAAAGUUUAUUUUCAGUAAAAUCUUUAGAGUUUUCAAAACAAAUGCAAGAAAAUGUCUGCGCUGGCAAUAUUAAGAUUGUUUCUGUUUGGUUUUAUUUCAAUUUCAAAAUCAAAACAUUGUGAUAUUUUUAAACGCGAAGUACGCACUAGGUGGCUGAAAUGGAUUUAAACGAAAAACUAAUAGAGGAAAUCCGCAAAUAUGAGUGCAUUUACAAUUUAUCCUCACCGGAUUAUAAAAAUGUAUUUAAAAAAACCCAAAUUUGGGAAGAAGUAGCGAAAAUAGUAAAUUUGCCGGAAGAAAAUUGUAGGAAACGAUGGAAAGGACUACGUGACACGUACAAAAAACGUAAACGUGCGCAGCGACUGGCUUCCGGCAGUGGUGCUCCGAUUCCAUGCAAAACAUGGAAAUAUAUGAACACAUUGAGUUUUUUUUACGGCUACAGUGAUUCUCGAGAAACCAUCGGCAACGUGCCUUUUGACGCAAUUAUGGAAGAAAUAGAGUGUUCUACUUCAGCAAGUAUAAGGACAAGUCCUCCUCCAGAAGGUUAUUACACUACUCCAAAUGCGUCAAAACAAAGAAAAAGGAAGGCAGCAAGGGAUGACGUUAACGAUGUGUUCACUGACAUGAUGAAGGAGUGCGUGGAUACUGUAAAAGAACACGAGGAUGCAACGUCACUGUUAUUUAAAAGCUUGGCGAGGAACAUAAGUGAGGCUAACCUAACCCCUCAACGAGUAGGACAAAUUGAGGCGAAAAUAGUAGCCUUUCAUUCACUAUACACGAAUUAGGAAACUAGAUAUUACAAGUGUUUAUCUGAAAUAAUUUUUUUAUGUAUUAUUUUUUAAUUUUUUAGAGCAAUGCGUUAGUCAGCUUAGUAUUUAAUUUGAAUUUUUACUCAUUACUUGUAUAUGUACAUAUUUCUUAUGAAUUGUUUUUUUGUUACACUAUAGUGCAAUUGUUAUUUUUAAAUAAGAACGCUUUUUGUUAUUUU